GGUGUGGCCAGUGGUUGGAGGCUUCCUCACGGGGUCCUUGCCAGUACCCAGCUGUCAGAGGCCCAGUCAACCCUCACACUCCUCUCUCCAGUCAGCAGUACAGUGUCAGUCAUGCGCUGGGGAUUGUGGUCCAGUUUGGUGGCAGCGGCGGUCCUUGCUUCCCACAGUGUGGCAGGCGAGGACCCCGUGGCUACAGCUACUGAAGAGAUCCUCGGCAUCUUGACCAACCCGGAUGUCUAUGACCCAGCCAUCAGACCCUCAGUAGCCGACGGCAGUGCUACCGAAGUCCAGAUCCAGACGUACUUCCGAAACAUUGACAUUGACGACGUCAAUAUGAAAGCAAACUUUGAUAUCACCUUCAGGAUGAUCUGGAACGAUGAGCGCCUUACGUUUAACACAGGAGGAGUGGAGUAUGUCACUGUACUCAACCCCUACUUGGCCUGGCUCCCUGACGCCUUCUUCAAGAACGCUAUCACAACUCAACGCAAGUCCAUCCAUCCGGAGGCAUAUCUCAGGAUCUUUCCCGACGGUCGUGUUAUCUACAGCACCAGGUUGAGCCUCAAGCAGAGCUGCCCUAUGGACCUGGUUCGCUUCCCUCACGAUACUCAAGUCUGCCACAUCAACGUGGCUAGCUACGGCUACACGAGCGACAGCUUGGUGUUCACCAUGGCGGCGGAGUCUGCCAUCGCCAUCAGCAGGGAACUCCACGCCGACAGGUUCUCCUUUGAGAAGUACGACACGGGUUCCUGCGACACUGAAACCGCUACAGGAGUGUACAGCUGUGUGGAGGUCAACAUGAAGAUCAGGAGGGUGUUCGGCAGCUACUUGCUGGAGAUGUAUAUUCCCACCAUCUUCCUGGUGAUCGUGGCAUGGUUUGGCUUCCUCAUUCCCCCUUCACAGUUCCUGGGCCGCCUCCUCCUAACUCUCAUCCCACUCAUUACACUGGCGUCCUUCUCCAACCUGUACAAGGAGUCCCUGGCCUCCGUGCCCUACAUCAGGGCCGUGGACAUCUUCACAGGCAUUUCACUCGUCAUCAUCUUCGGCACCCUUGUCCACGUCAUCGUGUGUCAGGUCCGAGGCAACAACACCCAGGCGGACAAGCAGUCAGAGAGCCCAGAGGAAGGAGAGGUGAAGGGCACCUCAGAGGAGACGUCAGGCUUGCGACGGCUGCUGGCCAAGGCAACACAGAGGGCCAGCUUCCUCUCCCGCCUCGUCCUGGUCGGCACCUACUGUGCCUUCCUCUUCGUUUACUUCGUAGCCUACUGCGGUACCGGCUAGGCUUCCUCGUCCUGUCAACACUUCCUUUGUUUCGUCACCAGUGAACUCAUCUUAGGAGCGAGUCAGUCAAACCAUGUGCAGGCGAUGAGUCACAAUAACGUGGCUAAAAUAAGUUGACCAGACCACACACUAGAAGGUGAAGGGACGACGACGUUUCGGUCCGUCCUGGACCAUUCUCAAGUCGAUUGAGAAUGUCAAACUCAGUCAGAAUUAUCUGACUGAGUUUGAAUCAAAAAUCAGUCAAACCAUCUGUGAAGACCAUACAGUUGCUGCCCCCUCAGUGUCCCCCUUCUCUUAACCUAUUAUCUAUGACAUAAAUUCAACCAGACAACCAAUUACUCGGUUCACUUGUAGAGGACUUGCAAGCCAAAUUGUUAACUACUAAGAAAAUAAUCAAUUAUACAAUAAAUUAGUCUCUUAUAAUUGGUCAUUUACUGAAGCAUCUGUACAUUAAGUAGUGUCACGUUUUACAUAAAAGUUAAUCACUUACAUUAGCAUAUAUCAGCUGCAGAUAUGUCCAGGCAGCCAUAUGUUUGUUAUUAGGUAAAUGUUUGAACACGGCGGUGUGACUUACAGGUUAAGGGGCUGCAUGUUUUACAAGUCAAUUGGGGAACUGUGCCUUACAUCUCACGUGGUGCUGUGUCUUACAAGUAAACUGGCGCUCAGUGUCUUACAAGCCAAAUGCUCACGUGAGAAAGUGAGCACCAUCGCCACACUUGCGUUUCUGUACACAAACAAUCCUUUGUUACAUUGUUUAUUUCGGCGUUCAUGACGGACGAGAUAGCUAAUUUGUCAACGAAUUAUUGUUAUAAAGAACAUAAUUUUAUCGUUAUUACCUUCCCUUAAAAUGUUUUCUUACAUCCUUAUUUUUUGGAAUUGAUUUUUUUUUUUGGGGGGGGGGGGGGAAUUCGGAAUUUUUGUGGUUAACAUUAUUCAGCCACGUUAUUGUGACUCAUCAUCUCCUUACAUCCUUAGUUAUUUGGAAAACAAUUAAAAUAGUAUAUUCCACCAGAGUGAUGAACCCACAUAUUGUGCUGUAAUAGGUUUUCUUUACUAUUUGGACUCCCUUUUGAUUGACUGAAGCACGCUAAUAUUUUCUCACCUCGCCAGACUGAAAGUAGGACAAAUUAAUGGGUUAUAUUUUUUGGCGUAAUCUCCAUAUGUCUUUAUAUAACUUUGUAAAAUCAAAUUAUUGUGUGUUUGUAAUAGGUAUUGGUGUUUCUUGAGGCUACUAAAAGCAAUGCACCCUUUAUUUCACCUCCCUGUACCCAAAAUACGGUAACUAGAAUUUUAAAGCCUUUUCCUAUAAUCUUCCUUAUUUUUAACAAUAUAUUUGUAUGACAAAAUAUUAUUUUUAAUAAUUUUCUUUGCACAAUAAGGGUAAAUCCCUAAAAUUGUUCGAGUAUUUUUUCUUUUAUUUCUUGCCAUAAUUUUCUCUGGAAAAUCAAAGAAAUAAUUCUUCUAAUCUCCGAAAAAUUCCUCCUAUGGAAUGGACCUUCCCUCUCCCCCCCCCCUAAAAAAAUGAUGAAGUCUAAGGGUUAAGUUCAAGUUCAUGUAUGUCUAUUGAGACAAGAAAAUACAUCUCAAAGGGAUAGAGUAGCUUAGGCUAUUUCUACCCCCCCCCCACCCUUGUGGGUUAAGUAUUAUACUAGUACUAAUAAUAAUAAACUUCAUAAACUGACAA